UUUGACAACUCUGUGAUCUCUAUAAGCUCUCAGACCCGGCAUCAUGGUACAUUUUACUAGUGAGGAGAAGGCUGCUAUCACUAAGGUGUGGGGCAAAGUAAAUGUGGAAGAGGCUGGAGGCGAGGCACUGGGCAGGCUCCUAGUCGUCUACCCCUGGACCCAGAGGUUCUUUGACAGCUUUGGCAACAUGUCCUCUCCUUCUGCCAUAAUGGGAAACCCCAAGGUCAAAGCUCAUGGCAAGAAGGUGCUGAUCUCCUUUGGAGAUGCUGUUAAGAACUUGGACAACCUCAAGAGUACCUUUGCUAAGCUGAGUGAGCUACAUUUUGACAAACUGCAUGUGGAUCCUGAGAACUUCAGGCUCCUGGGCAAUGUGAUGCUGAUUGUCCUGGCUACUCAUUUUGGCAAGGAAUUCAGCCCUGAGGUGCAGGCUGCUUGGCAGAAGCUGGUGGUUGGUGUUGCCAAUGCUAUGGCCCACAAGUACCAGUGAGUCCUUUCAAGUUUACCAGUACCCAUUAUGUCCCCAUUGCCUUCCUUCUCCAAAUGGGAACUGGAAUUUUGUCUUGACAACACAGCUUCUGUUUAAUAAAGUACAUUCUAUUGAGUAAUCAGAAA